AUGAAGGAGAAGGUGAAGAAGGUAGAGUACGCAGAAAAAGAUGUAGAGAUAAAGGAAAUAGAAAAGGAUGAAGGGAGCAAUGUGUUUGUAAAUAAUCUAUUAACAAGUAUUAAUUACAUCAACAAUGCUAUAGUAUUUAAGGAUAAUAGAUAUAUCCUGCGGAUGUUAAAAUAUAUAAAGAGUAUGAGAUUAAGUAUAAAAAAUGAGAGUGAGAUUUUGAUGCCUAUAAUGAUAAAUUUAAUAAAGAAAAUUUUUAAAGAAAAUUAUCCUAUAUAUACUAUAUUAGAUAAAUAUAUAAAUGAGUUUAAAGAAAUUCCUAAUGUAUUAAAUGAAUUUGGAAAUAUAAAUGAAAAAACAUAUAUAUAUUCUUUACCAGAAAUAGAAGUAUUUUUUUAUAUAAUGAUACUACUAUAUUUAUUAGACAAGAAAUAUUAUGAAGAAGCAAUGGUAUUAUCAAGAGUAAUAGUUAAUAGAAUAAAUAAAUUAAAUAGGAGAUCAUUGGACUAUAUAAAUGCAAAAGUUUAUUUUUAUUAUUCAUGGGUACACGAGUUAGGUGGUAAAUUAUCUUAUGUUAGACAAGAAUUAUUAUUUAUUUAUAGAAAUGCAUGUUUGCAUCGUGAUAUUAUGACUCAAACAGUUGUUCUAAAUUUAAUCUUAAGGGAUUAUAUUAAACAUAAUUUAUAUGAUUUAGCUGUCAAGUUUAUAAGUAAAACAUCAUUUCCAGAAAAUUUAUCUUCAAAUGCACAAUAUGCUAGGUACUUGUAUUAUAUUGGUAAAAUAUUAGCAAUCCAAUUAGACUAUAGUGAAGCACAUAGUAAACUUACUCAAGCUAUUAGAAAGGCACCUCAAAAUAAUCAAAGUGCAAAAGGGUUUAAACUAGAAGCGACAAAAAUGGAAAUUAUAGUAGAGUUACUUAUGGGGGAUAUACCAGAUAGAUCUUUAUUUAGUAAUAAAAUUAUGCGCAAUAAAUUAAUUCCGUAUAAACACGUUGUUACAGCUGUUAGAAAUGGCGAUAUAAACAAAUUUUCCAAAGUUAUGCAUGACUACAACAAGCUCUUUAUGCGCGAUGGGGUCUACCUCCUCAUUAAGAGAAUUCAUCAUAAUGUAAUCAAGACUGCCCUUCGGAUAAUUAACUUGUCUUACUCUCGCAUUUCAAUCAGCGAUAUUGGGAAGAAGAUAGGAGUGGAAUCUCCCCUGGACAUAGUAGGAAUAACGGCGAAGGCAAUUCACGAUGGAGUGAUUGAAGCCACAAUUGACUAUGACAAUCAGUAUGUAGAAUCAAAAUCUAAUAGUGAUGUGUACAUAACAGGGGAUCCUAUGAAAACCUUUCAUAAAAGAAUAGCUUUCUGUUUACAAUUAUAUUCUGAUGCUAUUAAAGCAAUGCAGUACCCAGAUGAAAAUGAAAAGAAGGAAAAUGAAGAAGCGAAGGAGAGAAAAAUUAGACAACAGGAGGAAUUGGCGCAGGCAGAGGAGGGCGAUCUAGGAGAUGACAACGAUUUGUUGUAA